AUGGACCGGAGACAGACCUGGAACACCACAGGACCGGGAGACAGACUGGCAGGAACGAUGGCAACACGUGGACCGAGACAGACCGGAGGGCACAGACCGGAAACCCAGGACCGGGAGACAGACCAGGAACACCCAGGACCAGGAGACCGAGGCCCAGGACAGGACCCAGGAGGCCAGGAAAAUGGAACCAGGACCGUGAGACAGACCAGGAGUGGCCAGGCAGGGAACCACCGGAAACCCAGGACCGGAGACAGGACCAGGCACAAUGGACCGGAGAGACCAGGAGGGCCAGGCAGGAAAAUAACCCAGGAAACGGACCAGGACCGUGAGACCGAGACAGGACCCAGGAAAUGGACACGGAAACCGGGACCGGACCGGAGACAGACCCAGGAAGGAAACCCAGGAGACCAGGAGACAGGACCAGGACAGACCAGGAGGAAAAUAACACGGAACCCAGGACCGGUGGAGACAGACCAGGAGGACAGACCAACCCAGGACACACAGGACCGGAAAAUAACCCAGGAACGCCCAGGACACACCCAGACAGACCCAGGAGGGCCAGGACGGGAAGGAAGGAUGGACAAGGAAACGAGGGCCAAUGGACCGGAGACAGGACAGCAGGAACCAGGACCGGACCGACGGAGGAAAUAA